AUGAGCUCCGACUCACACUCCAAACCCACUUCAGUACUUCAGCGAGUGGCCAAGGUGGCUCAUGCGUGGAAACGGGAUUCAGCCAUGUUGCAAUUCUUAGUAUCCUUUCUGGCAAAGCCUUCGCCUGCAAUACAAAUGGCAAAUGAACGCGAACAUACCGUCUGGCUGUUCGACAACACAGCAUACCAGGCACCGAUAUCUGGCUCAACCGAGCUCAACCUAUGGCGGGCAGAAGUUGUUGCUUGUGUAUUCCAGAGAGACAGCAGGAAGGACCUCAGUAAACUCGUCGCCAUGGUUGCAGACCUCAUCGGACUGGACGGGGAGAUUGGCACAGAUAAAGAGACUCGUCAUCGGAUAGCGGAGCGACUUCAGCCAUUUCUAUAUCACACAACACCUGCGCACUUGAUGAUGUUGGAAACACCCUUGCCCAACAAUGCGACCCAAAUUCAUCAGCUUGGGCCUACGGAUGGUAGCGGCAUUAUCAGCCAAACGGUGGGAGUUAACAGUCGCCACAUUACAGACGGUACGAAACUACGCUCGUACCUUCGCGGCUGGGCAAGCGAGGUGACGAUGAGCACGACGUACGCCAGUGCGGAGGGUUGGCUUGUCAUUUCCGACAUUGACGAUACCAUCAAGUACACCAAGACCUCCGAGUCAACCGGUAUCCUUCGCACAACUUUCGUGGAGGAGCCCAGGCCGACCGUUGGAAUGCCUCAGCUUUAUGCCAGGCUUCAAUAUGACCUUACGCCUACAUGGUUUUACCUUUCCGCUUCUCCAUACAACCUGUAUCCGUUCUUGCACGGCUUCAUUCACACCUAUUUCAACCCGGGAACCCUGAUCCUCCGUGAUACAUCUUGGCUAGAUGUGAGCGAGCUGGUUAAAUCGUUCACUGUCAACACUAUGGAAUACAAGGUGGACCGUGCAGAAAAAAUUCAUGGCUGGUUCCCCCAGCGAAAGGUGCUUUGCAUUGGCGACUCGACUCAGAAGGAUCCAGAGGCCUAUGCUGAACUCUACAAAAGACAUCCGGAUUGGAUUCAGGCAAUCUGGAUCAGAAAGGUCACUGAUGUUCCCCAUUUGGACGAGCAGAAUUCGCCGAAGAGAUUUGAAGCUGCAUUUGACGGUGUGCCCGACCAUAAAUGGAAGCUAGAGAACCGCAAAUCGACCACAAUGAAUGAGCAAACAACAGUGCCAUCUACGAUGAGAGCACUAUACUAUCGACCAGCGUCAACUGCUAUCACCGACCUCACUUCUCUGGAUGCUCCCAGGGUAGACUCUUGCGUCGAGUUCGAUUCUGGAUUCCAGACGCCAAUGCCAUCUGGGAAUGAAUACCUGAUCAAGGUUAAAACCGCAGCUUUCUCCCACGAUGAGCUACGACUAGCUACCAUCCUGAACCCGUCUAAAUCCAUUCCUCAGAUUCCUCUGCAUUGCUUCUGUGGUACAGUUGCUGAUACGCCCAAGCAUGACUACCGGAAUCCAGGCGGUCCGAAAUUCGAGGUUGGCGACGUCGUUUUUGGCCUGGUCAACUACACCCGUGACGGUGCCGCGGCCGAUUACGUCGUCGCUUCAGAGGAUGAGAUCGCUUUGAAACCCAACAAUAUCAGUGCUGCGGAGGCAGCCGCAAUUCCUCUGCCUGCUCUCACAGCAUGGCAGUCUCUCUUCACAUACGCCGGGUUUGUACCCGAGGAUGUCAAAGAAAUGGAACGGCAAUUACGAGUCCUGGUGACGAAUUCGCGGAAUAGCGAAGUUGGUGCCCAGGCACUGCAGCUACUCCGGUCACGGACACUGUUCCCCAACCAACUGCCCUGGGUCUGUGCAACUUGUGAUGCCCAGGAUCAGGAGGACUACUUGCGACAAGAGUAUGGGAUCGACGAGAUCCUCUAUGCCCCUCUCCCUUUGCCUCAAGAUUAUGACCUAGGGGCCAUCUUCCGCCAGAAUCGCUGGGCCCCGGUCGACCUUGUCAUCGACUGUGCCGGCCGCCAAAUGUUCCAACAAGCCCACUCUCCGCGCGUGGUCAAGUCCAAUGGUGUCGUCGUGACUGCUGUGGACUCCACGCCAGCGCAGAACCGGGAUUCCGAGGGCAACGCCGAACCGCCCCAAAACGGGGUCCUCAGCCGCUUCGUUGCGGUGCGGCCAGAUGGAGAGGCGCUGGAGCGCAUCGCUCAGCUAGUGGAGAGUGAUGUAAUCCGAGGCCGCGUGGAAAGCAUCCACGAUAUCGAGAGAGGAGCCGACAUGCUGGCUUCGGGAGCGGCCGGCGCCGGCGGUGGACGACGAGGCGGCAUGAUGGUAAUUCAUGUCAACUGAUCUUGAACCCUUCAUCUCGUUCUGAUGUGCCAUUAUGGUUUCUUUCCAUUAGCCUUGUAUUUUUGCUCUGUUCGUUGCAGCCUUGAUUUGCCUGUUUAUCCUCUUGACUUAGAGAUUGUUCAUCUGUACUAUAGCACCACAUAUACGAUAAAGCUUUAGAGUCAG